AAUUUGUUUGCUUUGAAUUCAUUUAUAGUGGUGCUUAUAGAUCGCUAAAUCAAAGCCAUAGGCAUUACGAUAAGAGUUUGCAUUAUCUACCAUAAAACGGGAAUUUUUGUCUCGCUAAGUUGAUAGUGACUCCGUCGCACAUACACCGCUCGUACAAAUGUCAGUUUUAUAACUGUUUUCUAAAACGACACCGGCUCUAGGGCCGACUAGAUUUGUCCUAGUUGUAAUUUUGGAUGAUAUUGAGCUUAAUUCUGUGGUUUAUUAUCCUCCACAGUUACGAAACAUCCGCCCAUUUCAGACUUUUCGAAACUUCCCCUUUUCUUUCUCUUUCAUUAGCUGGACAAUUUUAUCAUGAUUUUAAGAAUCUCCCUCUAAAACCCUCUAUUUAUUUUUUUUCGGUUUCUUCAUUUUUUCAGUGGUAAAGAAAUGUCCUCUUGCAUCACUGCAAUGGCUUCUAUAUCCAGAUGUGUACUCAAAGACUGUAAAUUUCAGCCUUAUGAUGCUCUUUAUUUCAGAACCAGUUCUAGUUUCGCUUCAAGAAUUGUUUCAUCUCAUUUGGAUGUAAGACAUGGGCUGUCUUCAAUUGAAGGUCAAAUAACCAGUCUUGCUAAUAGUCAGAAGAAUUCUUUCAGUCCUAUUGUUAUCAGUCAGUCUUCAAGAUCCACAUUCUUAUGCAAAGCAACGGCAGACUACUCUGGAGAAAUUCCAAGCAACGUCCCCAAGGAAAUUCCAAGCAAUGUCCCCAAGGAAAUUCCAAGCAAUGUCCCCAAGGAAAUGAGUCAGUAUGAGAAAAUUAUUGAGACUUUGACAACUUUGUUUCCUGUCUGGGUCAUUUUGGGAACGAUUAUUGGCAUCUAUAAGCCUGCUGCGGUAACUUGGUUAGAAACGGAUUUGUUUACUCUCGGUCUAGGUUUCCUCAUGCUUUCAAUGGGAUUGACAUUAACCUUUGAAGAUUUUAGACGGUGUUUGCGAAAUCCGUGGACUGUUGGAGUUGGUUUCCUUGCUCAAUACCUAAUCAAGCCUCUGCUAGGGUUACUUAUUGCAAUGACCAUGAAGCUGUCAGCACCUCUAGCAACUGGUUUGAUUCUUGUUUCAUGCUGCCCUGGAGGCCAGGCAUCAAAUGUUGCCACCUAUAUAUCUAAGGGGAAUGUUGCACUCUCAGUCCUUAUGACAACAGCUUCAACUAUUGGUGCUAUUGUGAUGACUCCACUUCUUACGAAGCUUCUAGCUGGACAACUGGUGCCUGUUGAUGCAGCUGGUCUAGCUCUCAGCACAUUCCAGGUCGUCCUAAUACCAACAAUCAUUGGAGUACUGCUAAAUGAAUUCUUCCCCAAGUUUACGGCGAAGAUCAUUACAGUAACACCUCUCAUUGGAGUGAUUCUCACCACCUUGCUCUGUGCUAGCCCUAUUGGACAAGUUGCUGAAGUCCUGAAAACACAAGGAGCACAACUCAUCCUGCCAGUUAUGCUUUUGCAUGCUGCUGCUUUUGCAAUCGGUUACUUUUUGUCCAGAGUAUCAUUUGGUGAAUCAACUUCUCGUACAAUUUCCAUUGAAUGUGGCAUGCAGAGUUCUGCACUGGGAUUUCUACUGGCACAAAAACAUUUCACAAACCCACUUGUUGCCGUUCCCUCUGCUGUGAGCGUGGUUUGUAUGGCGCUUGGUGGCAGUGCUCUUGCUGUUUACUGGAGAAACACGCCCAUUCCUGCCAAUGACAAGGACGAUUUCAAGGAAUAGUUGUAUCUCUAAAUGCGGGUGUCUGAUCUUUAUUCGUUGCCAUCAACGACCAUUUCUUCGAGACAUUCUCUUCUAUAGUCUUUUGUACACCAAUUUGUUUUCUUAUUUCCAUAAUUAUUUUUUCCAUUGUGCUUGCAUUUACUAUAAACUCUGACUUUGCUCUUGUUUCUUACUUUCUGGUUUCUUUUUAGUUGUUGACAUUUAGCCCCA